AUGGCAAAAAACGGAACAACAGAGAAUGGAGUGGCUGCAGGGAUCCCAGCUAUGCUUUUUCCCCAGCCUGUCAAAGUACAGGAGAUCAGACACACCAAGAUUUUUAUCAACAAUGAAUGGCACACAUCCAGCAAAGGAAGGACAUUUCCAACUUUCAAUCCAGCCACAGGUGUCAAAAUCUGUGAUGUGGACGAGGCAGACAAAGAAGAUGUGGACAAGGCAGUAGAGGCAGCCAAGGUGGCCAGGCAGAGAGGCUCUAUGUGGCGGAGAAUGGAUGCAUCCAACCGGGGGAGGAUGUUGCACAAACUGGCUGACUUGAUGGAGAGGGACCGGCUGUUGCUGGCGACCCUGGAGACUCUGGACACAGGGAAGCCCUUCCUGCAGUCUGUCUUCAUUGACCUGGAGGGCAGUAUCAAAACGCUUCGUUAUUAUGCUGGCUGGACUGAUAAAAUCCAUGGCAAGAGUCUGUCUAUAGAUGAAAGCUUCAUGUGUUUCACCAAACAUGAACCUGUUGGCAUAUGUGGAGCCAUCAUUCCAUGGAACUUUCCUCUCUUGAUGUUCGUGUGGAAGAUAGCACCAGCCCUGAGCUGUGGAAACACUGUGGUAGUCAAGCCAGCAGAGCAGACCCCCCUCACGGCCCUCCACCUUGGAUCACUCAUCAAAGAGGCAGGGUUCCCUCCUGGAGUCAUAAACAUUGUUCCAGGGUUUGGUCCCACAGCAGGAGCAGCCAUCGCCAGCCACAUGGACAUUGAUAAAGUGGCCUUCACUGGUUCUACAGAGGUUGGCCAACUGAUUAAAGAAGCGGCAGCCAAAAGCAAUCUUAAGAGAGUGACUCUGGAACUUGGAGGGAAGAACCCCUGCAUUGUUUUUGCAGACUGUGAUUUGCAGCUGGCUGUACAGGAAACACAGAAAGGUGCUUUUUAUAACCAGGGUCAAUGCUGCACAGCUGCAUCUCGUGUCUUUGUGGAGGAAAGCAUUUAUGAAGAGUUUGUGCGCUGCAGUAUAGAAAACGCCAAGAAGAUUGUCAUAGGAGACCCGCUGGACCCUCAGACAUCUCACGGGCCACAGAUUGACAAACAGCAGUUUGAUAAAAUCAUGGAUCUGAUAGAGAGUGGGAAGAAGGAGGGAGCCAGGCUGGAGUGUGGAGGAGCAGCUGUGGACGAGAAGAGCCUCUUCAUUCAACCCACCAUCUUCACUGGAGUCGAAGACUACAUGCGUAUUGCUAAAGAAGAGAUCUUUGGUCCAGUGCAGUGUAUAUUCAGCUUCAGGAGCCAGCAGGAGGCCAUAAAAAGAGCAAACGAUUCUCAGUAUGGCCUGGUGUCAGCAGUCUUCACUACAAGUAUGGACCGAGCUCUGUCUGUGUCUGCAGCUCUGGAGACUGGCACUGUGUGGGUAAACUGUUAUAACGCCCUCCAUGCUCAGACUCCCUUUGGAGGGUAUAAGAUGUCAGGCAAUGGACGGGAACUUGGAGAGUAUGCUCUGGCUGAGUACUCGGAGGUAAAAACAGUGACUAUUAAAUUGACUGAAACACUGUGA